GAAAAGGUUUGGGCAGCGCUGCGCUCGUGUGGGUGUUGCUAUAGCGAACGAGUGUAGGCAGCUGAGGAGCAACCCACGGAAUUGAAGGGGCAAAAAUGCUAGUGCUCGGCCAAGCUCCCGGCGGAGCCUUAUCAGCCCGGCGGUGUUCUCUCACUUCCCCGCCAAAAUUCUCAAACCCAAACCCUCCCCUCUUCUCUUCCCGCAGACCCAGCAGAUUCUUCUCCAAUGUAAACCCUUCAAAAUCCCUCAAUAUCACGCUCGUAAAGGCCAACGGAGGCGUCGACUCGGCUUCCUCCACUGCCAAACAGGGCUUCUCCGCCUCAUCACCUCCUCCUCCUCCUCCGCCUUCCGUCGAUAACCAACCAGUUUUCGUGGGUCAGGAGAACAUACCUCUAGAAGGCGUGAUUCAGUUCGAGAAGCCCGAUUCUUCUGCUCGUUUACGCAAAUGGGGUCGUGUAGCAUUGCUUGCUGGUGGGGAUGUUUUGGCAUUGCUUACGUUUGCUGCAAUUGGAAGAUUCAGCCAUGGAUUCCCCGUUUUCGAUUUCGAAACACUGCGCACGGCUGACCCUUUUAUUGCUGGGUGGUUUUUGAGUGCUUAUUUCCUCGGAGGCUUUGGUGAGGAUGGACGUGGAGUCAAUGGACAAUCGAAGGCUCUUACCGCUACGGCUAAGUCAUGGGCCUUGGGAAUUCCACUUGGGAUAAUCAUAAGGGCAUCAACAGCUGGCCACAUUCCGCCAGUCAAAUUCAUGCUUGUAACAAUGGGGAGCACUGCUGUUUUACUUAUUGGAUGGAGAUCACUAUUGUAUAAGUUUCUUCCCGGUGAUAAGAGCAAGAAGAGUGAUGUAUAUCGCCGCGGUAACCCAUUUGAAUUGUUUGAGUUGCUCACUUCAUUAAUACGAAGGUGGUGACCAAUGACAGUUCAUUCGAUCAGCCAGUAUCACGUGUUACUAGCAAUCCUGGCAGCAGUCGCACUCGCUCAAGAUAGUCUUGGAUAGAAAUGUUACCCCCCAGUGUGUUGUUGUGAAGCAGACACACAAAUGUAAAGAUAAGAGAACUGAUCAAUUCAUUAAGAAAGUGCUUUUCCAGCACUCACUGUCA